UUCUAAAAUUGUCCAAAGACUCUUCUUCACCUCGGCAUGGCACAAGAAGACAUCGCAGUGACUCGGUUCCGGGACUAUCUUCGCAUCAACACGUCACAACCCACUCCUGAUUAUGACGCCGCGAGGGAAUUCUUCGAGAAGUACGCCUCUGAACUUGGCCUCCCAUUCCAGUCUGUCAUGUUGGCAGGCAACAGAUCUAUGGAUAUCUUCACGUGGGAGGGGACUGAGCCAUCCUUGCCUUCCAUUGCUCUGUACAGUCACAUAGAUGUCGUGCCAUCUUUUCCAGAACAUUGGAAGUACGACCCUUUCAGCGCACAUAAAGAUGAGAAUGGUGACAUCUUUGCCAGAGGGUCACAGGGUGGAGUACAGUUCAACGUGGUCCCCGACGUGAUGAAAGCAUGUUUUGAUGUUCGUGUUCCUCCCACCGUGGAUUUUGAGGAGUUCGAGAACCAGAUCAAGGGUUGGUGCGCUGAGGCAGGGCCCGAUGUGACUGUGCGAUUUCAGCAGAAAACAACGUUCAAAGAGGUGACAGCCACGGACUCCAGCAGCCCUUGGUGGCUAGCUUUCAGCAGAGCCUGUGAGAAAUCUCAGAGAGGAAUCCCAGCCUAUGGGUUUUCCCCGAUGAACAGGACGCCCAUUCUUCUACACGACCACAACGAGUAUCUGAACGAGGCAACUUUUUUGAGAGGAGUUGAUAUUUACUGUAACAUCAUCCCAGCUUUGACCAGUGUGUGCGUGUGAUGUGGGAGGGAAGGGGAGGAGUUUCGUACAAGUUGUGAUGGUGGAGAGGAUGUUUUGUACAAGUCGUGAUGGUGGAGAGGAUGUUUUGUACAAGUCGUGAUGGUGGAGAGGAUGUUUAGUACAAGUCGUGAUGGUGGAGAGUGGAUGGAUUGUACAAGUCGUGAUGGUGGAGAGGAUGUUUUGUACGAGUCGUGCUGGUGGACAGGAUGUUUUGUACGAGUCGUGAUGGGGAGAUGAUUGUACAAGUCGUGAUGGUGGAGAGUGGAUGGAUUGUACAAGUCGUGAUUUUUUUCAUUUCAUUUUAUUUAUUCGUUUUCUUUUGAGUUUUUUUGUUGUUUUUGUUU